AUGGACCUAGUCGUGAGCAGUCUCGGUCCCAUCAAAGUUGAAAGCCGCCUCCAGCACUCCCUCGACACCUUCAUCCGCGACCUCACACCAGACCAAAGAACAGAAUUCCUGCAGGACCGCCAAAUCUUCCGCACGAGAUACCCCGACGAGAACGACGUCUUCGUCUUCAUAGCAAAGCUGAAUAGUAGACGGACCUCUCAAAGGCAACUCAGCUAUGGCCCUAGAUUUCUCAACAUCAUUCAAGUGGCACAACAGUUCGCCUCCAUAGGUGACAUUCUGGUCGGGGGAUCCCAGAACUUAAUUGCGUCUGGAGUAUGGACCACCAUUCGCAGUGCCCUGCUUAUUGUGGCCAAAGCCGACAGCAACAUGGAUAAGCUGUCUCAUCUGUUCAUGGUAGCAGGACAAUCCGCCCCCCGAUAUGAAGCCAUGUCAAGACUCUACAGUCGCAAGUCCAGACGUCUUCUAUCCUAUUACCAAGAGUACUUUCUCACCAUCAUCGACAUGUGUCGUCGCUUCGUUCAAAUCAUCAACAAGUCCUCCGUGACGCGGCUGUUCUCCACAAUCAGCGACUCAGAUCUCAGUACCUUCCAGGCAAGCAUUGCGCAUUGGGCCUCAAUGAUUAAAGAGGAAGCGAUGCUGCUCAUGGCGCAAGGCGUCGAGGAUCAAGGACUCUCGCUUAGUACUAUCCUGGAUAUUUCCAAGAGCAAUGCGCAUCGUCAACGAAUCGAGGACAAUGCUCGUGUCCUGGCUACUUGUUCAACGUACGACCACCAAGCGUGCUGGAAACGAGUUCGCAAAAUGGGAAACACGGCCUUAUUUCUCCAAGUACAAGAAUACCUCUCGUGGAGAGGAGACGCAGCCGCCAUGGAAAAGUCCGGCACCCUCAUCUACACCGGUAAACUCGGAGCCGGAAAGUCAGUCCUCAUGGCCAACAUGGUUGAAGAUUUGAACCUCCAUGCGACGACAGUCAAAGUUUCUGUGGCAUACUUCUUCUGCCAACACGACGAACCGUACAGCUUGCAAGCGCGCACCAUUAUUGGUUCCUUGGCCCGACAGUUUCUUCUCACAAUACCAGAUCUCUCGAGGGGGCUGGUCUUUAUCCACGACCAGAUACGCGAAGUUGACUUAGAUGGAAUCAUUCACCUGUUGAAAGAGGUUCUCCCGGCGGAUUUUAAAGCCUACUGCGUUAUCGACGGGCUCGAUGAAUGCGACAGCACGGAAAGACGCUUACUUGUUCUCAAACUCCGCGAACUGCAAGACACUUUUGCACUACGAAUAUGCGCCUCCUUCAGACUAGAAGCCGACAACGGACUACGUCUCGACACAAAAGGCUUCAUCAACUGCGCUACAGUCGUCAUACCUGAAGAUAACCCCGAAAUCGAGCAAUUCAUCUGCGACGAACUCGAGCGCUGUAUUGACAGCGAGCUCCUCACGUUGGGCGACCCAACUCUAGUAGCAGAUAUCAUGAACACGCUGGUGGAACUAUCCCAAGGCAUGUUUCUCUGGGUCGUGCUCCAAAUCACCUCUCUCUGCGCCUGCAAGACGGACGACGAUAUCCGACAAGCUCUCGCCGACAUGCCCAGGGACCUAGCCGAGACGUUCACCCGCGUCCUCAACAAAUGCGAGCCGUCAGCCAAGAAAUACCAGAAGCAAAUACUCGAACUCGUCCUUGUUGCCAGACGGCCCCUCACAACAGAGGAGCUCAGAGAAGCUCUAGGUGUGACACCAGGAGACACAAACUGGAAUCCGUCCCGCCUGCCAAACAAUAUAUACAGCGUCCUCGCAAGCUGUGGCGGUCUCCUAACCAUAGACGAGGAGACAUCAACCGUCCGGAUGGUCCACCAAAGCGCGAGAGACUUCCUCCUAGGAGCCUUCCAGGGCCGAACAGAACCACCUCUCCUUACAACCCACGCCGCUCACGCAACCAUGUCCUGGAUAAUAAUCACCUACCUAAAUUACGGCAUCUUCGACACACAGCUCUCCAAACCGACAACCUCCACCGCCAUCCCAAUGAUAACUCCCUCGGCAGCCAUACAAUCCACCUCUUCCAACACCGUCAAAAGCCUCUCCCUGAUGCUGCUCCGCGCAAAGAAAUCAGCCUCUCCCAAGAUAGACAUCUCCCGCAUCCUAGAAGAUAUCCGCGGGCAAGCCAAGACCGCGAAUCCCCAAACCCACCACUUUUACUCUUACGCAACGUCCCACUGGACACACCACCUCAUCAACACCAAAGACACCGACCAAACCCUCAGCAACCUCAUCGCCAGACUCCUCCCGAAACACUCCAUAACAAACUACAACUACCGUACCAAAUUCAACCUCCUAGCUUGGGCGGCCACAAAUCCCGCUCUAUACAAACAAAUACACUCACACGCCAGCGAGGCCAUCUGGUUCCAGCACGACCUCCUCUCAUGGGCAGUCCGCCACAAUCACAUCCUCCUCCUCCAAACACACGACUCCACGUUCCCCCUACAACCCGGUACGACUUCAUCAAUAAUCCCCAUUGCAGCUCUCAACGGACACUACCGCCCACUCGUCUUCCUCAUCAACCGGCUGCCCAACCUCCCCACCACAACCCUAGGAACAGCCAUCAUGAUGGCCAUGACUGGAGACCACGCCCCCAUCGUACGCUACCUCCUCACAGGAGCAUACAAUCCGCCAGACUCCGAUAAUUCCGCAAAUGACGAAGAAAGCAACACCGAAAUGAACGGCCACCUCGCUCGUCAGGGCACACAAAUGCUCCACAACCGCGUCUACUCGCGCAAGCUGCUCCUCUGGGCACACGUCUUCAAAAGAGAUCAUCUAGCCAGACUGCUCAUUGAUCUUGGUGCAAAAACCACAGACGCUCUACAGCCGAAACUAGACGAAGAGUUGCGCUCCCAAACAAACGACUACUCGGAGUCGUCAUUGCUCGAUGAAAUGAAGCUGGAAAUGUUUGGCGAUCUAACCGUGGGACAUGGAGAUGGUGGUUUAGACCCAGAACAAGAAGGCAUGCUGAUUAGCGCGGCAAAGAUAUUAUUUGAGACCAAAAAUGUGUCCUUGCUGAAUUCAUUUCUCAUUGCGAGACAGAAAGGGUCGUCUGAUGAGAAUCACGCGGCAGCAUAUCACUUGUCCGAACAAUAA